AUGCCGGAAACGUCGUAUUCCCCUGUAUCGCCGGUACCCGCAAAUGAAGAUUCCAACCAUGGGCGAGCUGACAGCCUCUCCGCCGAGCCUCAUGAGCCGCAUGUCGAACGAACAAAUGCAAAUGAGUCUACGGAUGAGUCUGCCAAUGAAAAGCAACAAGUAACCCACAAAAAGCCAACAAUAUGGAAACUGGUGUCUGAUUUAUUUAUCUGGGAGAUUCUGGCGAUGAUUCUCUCAUCGGGAUUGUUGGUCGCGAUCGUUGUACUUUUGGAUAAAUAUGAAAAUAAGCCUCAACCCAGCUGGAAAUAUGUCUCUCUCAACUCGGUUGUUUCCUGGUUGAGUACUGUGUCCAAAGGGUGUGUUUUGUUUUGUCUCAGCGAGGGAAUCGGGCAGCUGAAGUGGGUCUGGUUUACCCGGAAGAGCCGACCUUUGGUUGAUUUGGGGACCUUUGAUGGAGCCAGUCGGGGGAUAUGGGGGUGUGCCGGCCUGGUUUGGAGACUAAGGGCAAAACAUUUUGCAGCCCUGGGCAGUUUGGCAGUCAUUCUAGCCCUUGCCUUUGACCCAUUCAUUCAGAACUUGAUUCACUACUACCCGAAGCUCAUUAUCGAUCCAUCAGGGACUGCAAAUGUAACGAGUAACUCCCUCUACUCAUCUAUGGGACCGCCGCUCAAUAUUGGGGAUUUCUAUCUUCAUGCAGAGAUGAAAGCAAACAUCUACAAUGCCCUCUUCAACAGUGACGAGUCCAAGCCAUGGUCAAUUCCAAAGUACACAUGCAGUUCUGGAAACUGCACCUGGGAUCCAAUUGCCACACUAGAAAUGAGAGCGAGGUGCACCAACAUCACAGAGAAACUGAAAUUCGAAAUUUACAAUGGCACAAAUGGCGCCCGAAACCCCAACACAACCACCUUGAGCCAGUCUGUUUAUCUCGAGGCUCUGGGGAAAAACCUCACUGCUGACGUGAUGCUCGAAACAAUCUGGGGAACCCCCGUUGCUAUAGGGGCCGUAUCACCUUUCGUUUACAACAACAGCAUCAUACCUGUCAUUCAAAUGAUUGCACCAGACGGUGUCUUGGGACAGCCAGUAUGGGGAACAAAGAAUGACAGUCCCAAGAACCGCACAUGGCAGGCAAUGGAAUGCAGUAUCGAUCCCGUCGUGCGCAGCCUCCGCCCCAGAGUCUCACGGGGAAAAUACCACGAAGAUAUCCUCGACACCUGGACGAACGGCUCUUUUGCGGGUUACGAGAUGGGAAGCAAUUACGACUUGAAACCCACAUGGGGACCGGAGAAGGGUGUUGAGAAGGGCAAAGAGCUCACAAUAGUGAAGCAAUCACUGUUGUCGAUGCGAUACUUCUUCACCAAUUUCUUUUCUGGGCGCACAUACCUUGACCCAAUGACCCUCAGUUUUGUGUCCGAUGCUUCGUCCGCGAUGGGUGUGGGAAGCCAGAUGACUACGACAUCCAAUUAUGCCAGUGGGGAUCUGAUGCAGUUGAUGACUAUUUCGAAUAUAACUGAUUGCCCGUAUUCGUCUGCUGAGAAGCUUCGGUGCGCGAUGGAGCAUACAGCCAAGGCGAUGUCGAAGGCUAUUCGGGAUUCGUCGUCGCCUUCGAAUUUCACUACCACGGCUGGAGAGGCGAUGACGAGUGCCACCCACAUCGCUAUUCAUUGGCAGUGGAUUGUUCUUCCUGUUUUGGUUUGGCUGCUGGGUCUUGUCACUUUGGUGGGGACGAUGUGGAAGACUCGGCGGGCUAUGAUUCCUACUUGGAAGAAUGAGACGAUGCCGAUUAUUGCUCUGUGCAGGAAUAGCCAGAAUGAGAAGAAGCAGAGUGAUGAAGGGUUGCAGAGUGAAAGGGCGAGGUUAUAUGAGAGUGAGGGCAAAAUGGUAAUGUGUGGAUAG